UUUUGUAGAUUUGUAAAGAUUAGAUGGAACAUCUGCCUUUCGAGUUACAAUGUCCAAUCUUAAGGAACAAAAUUCAAUUACAAAGCAGUCGGAAGUUCAAAACCAAUUAGGGGUCCAAUUGUCGAAAGUUGUGUUUGAUCAAAGUCACAGUGCAAUUAAAAAAAAACUGGGGUUACCACCACUUGUUGGACCAGGAAAAGAAGUUCAGAUUUCACCUAGUGAUCAGUUACUUGAAAAAAACAUUUUGAGGCAUCCAAUUCAUAGAAAUCGUAUCCAGGCGUGCACUCAUGAUGGAAUAUUGGUAAUUGGAGAGCAAGCUUUAGAAAGAUAUCGUGAGCUUAUCGAAGCGAGAAUUAGAUCGAAAUGCUAUGAGGAUCUUCUUGAAGAAAAAAAUAUGAGGAAGGCUGAAAAAAGAAGUGCGGUGGAAUUGUGCCUUAGAAAAACUAAAGAGCGUUAUAAGAAUUGCGUUCUUGCAUUAAAAUGUCGUUUUAAAGAAAAGUUGGAGACUCAAUUAGAAAAAUCACUGGAUGAGUGUAAAAGAAAAAUGCAGGAAGCAAUUUUGCGAGAACGAGCAGUUAUUACUCGAGACGUGCUGAAAAAAAUGAGGGACGAAAUUGGCUUCGUUGUUACUUCUCUUUAUCGCCAUUUUGAGGAUAAUCUUUGUGCUGAGAAGCAAAAUAUGAUUGCUGAAUUUAACCAAAUAAUGAGGCAUGAUCGACUGAAAACAGACGCAACCAUGAGAGAAAUGAUCAGAAAAAAAGAAGAAGAGCUUCAAAUUUCACUGGAACAAUUUAAAUUACAAAAGAUCGUGGAUCUUACUUACGUUUUGUGUUCAGAAAGAAUGCGCUGCACUUCUGAAAAACAUGAAAUGCGUCAGAGUUUCGAUGUUCAAACUAAGUCAUAGUUUAUAUAAAAAAAAGUGUCUAUAAAAAUAAAUUUUGCGUAAAAUUAGAUUAUUUAAAAGAUUAGUGCCUUUUAGUAUUUGAAAAAUAUUUAAAGCUAUUUGUUGAGUAAAAUGGGCAAUUGAAUGAUGAAUGCUUUUAGAGGGAAAUCGUACAGUUGGAGUAAUUAAACUGAUGAAGGAGGGAACUGUUGAGAAUGAAAAUCCCAGAAUGUGUGAGACUAAGAUAAUCGAAAUCGUGAAACAAUUUCAAAAGUUUAUUGACUUUGCGUUUGGUGCUGUACCUGGCCAGGCUGAUUUUUUCUUGUCCCUGGAAUCUCUUUUAACACAUAAACUUGAUAAGAAAAUGUCUGCAAAAAAGAAUUUGAAAAUUCCAGAGGAAGCAAUUUUAAAGUCUCGAUUACUGGAGAAAAAUCAAGACGGAAAGAGAAUAUUCAAGAUACUUGGACAUGAUGGAAGUUAUCAUUCUCAAACUCCUGAAGAAUUCACGAUUUGCAGAAUGCAAUCAUUGAUACGAAUAUUAAAAUUACAUCCAAGCUUAAAACAUAUUUUGAUACCACA